AUGGGAAGAGGAAAGAUAGAGAUGAAGAGGAUAGAGAACAGGACUAAUAGGCAAGUGACCUUUUCGAAGCGACGGCAAGGGCUACUGAAGAAAACUAAUGAGCUUGCCAUUCUUUGUGAUGCUCAAAUUGGUCUCAUCAUUUUUUCUGGAACUGGAAAACUCCAUACUUACCCUAACCCUACCAGCCUUGAACAAAUUAUUCAGAGGUAUCUCCAUGUUCAGGGAAUUCAGCUCCCAUUACAUGAUAAUCGGGAUGAAAUUUAUCAGGAGUUGCAAGCGCUAAGGGAAGCAAUUCACAAUGGUGAGCAAAGCAUGAGGCACUACUUGGGUGAAAAUUUAGGUCCUCUUCCCCUUGAAGAUUUGCAUAAACAUGAACAACAGCUUGAAUCUUCCUUGAAUAUAAUUCGAGCUCGAAAGAACCAGCUCAUGCAACAGCAACUGGAAAAUCUUCGCCGAAAGGAACAAUUGUUGCAGACUGACAAUGGCAACAUGUAUCGUUGGUUGAUGGGAGAUGGGCAACUUCAUGAGCAGCAGCAGCAACAAGUUAUAGGGCAGAUGCCAUUCAUCUAUGGAGGAGAAGAUCAACCAAGUAGCAGCACUAUACUACAGCUUGCUACUUCAUCUUCAUCACCUCAUCAAUAUUUUCCCUACCGCCUUCAACCAACUCAUCCUAAUCUUCAAGACUAUGGUAAAUCUUCAAAGUUUAUGGUCGUUUUACGUGUAAUCGUUUGUCGUUAA